AUGUUUAAAAGCAAAAUAGCCCUUGGGAACAAAAACUUCCUCGGAAAUAAGGACAGGAAAAAACUAGCCGUGACCAUCAAAAACACAUUCAACCUGGACAACGACGAACAAGUGGAUGAAAUUCUGGACAAGGAAAACACAUGUAUUUGUAAAGUGCAGAAAACAAAAAUAACGAUCUACCUCUCGAAGAAUAUCCCAGUUCUGUUCACCAUAAAAAAUUGCAUCUUCCCAACGGUAUAUACAUUAUGGAAAUUUCCACACAUAAUCCCCUGCUUUGUUAUAUACCCACCUGCUUCUGAAUUUUUGAUGAAGGGAGCGGACUUGAUGAUUCCAGGAAUAUGCAAAGAGGUAGACCGUGUAGAAGAACUAAAGGAUGGGAGUGUAUGGGGUGUUCGUGUGUUUAAUAACCCCCACCUGUUUGCAGUUGGACAGUGUACAGUGGACUAUGAUAGUAACAACUAUUUUUAUGAUUUAAAAGGGAAGUGUUUAAAAGUCGUUCAUAUUUUUAAUGAUGAGUUGUGGAAGCUGGGGUCCCAAACUGUUCCUCAUAGUAGCUUCCAGCUGAAGAUUAUCGACUCGGUGGAAAAUGUUGUUGACAAUUUUGACGAGUUUAAAGUGUACGAUGAGAAUAAGGGGAAGAAGAAGAAUAAGAAUAAGGCGCAUGCGGGGGGCGAGCAGAAGGGCGCGAAGCAAAGGGGGGGCACCGGUGGGGGAGGCGGAGUUGGUGGAGACGAUGGUAGUGAUGCCCCCUUUGCUCACAACCCCCAUGAUGAAAACCUGCACGAGGAAAGCCCUCGCGGUGGAAACCCCCUUGAUGAUGAUGCCCGCUACCGAGCCUUCACGGACGACGAAAGCGAAGAGGAGAAGCCGAACGGUGAGGGAGGCCCCAGCGGACGAAGCGAACCCAAGCCUCAAAGCAUGAAGAGCGAAAAAUGCCUAGACAAUUUUUACAAACAUUUUGCAGUGAUACUGGCCCAAAGGAGCCACACAGAAAAAAGGGAUGCACAUCCGCCUAGCAGCAAAAAGGUCAAGGAAGGAAAAAAAGAAAUUGCGGCGGAAACCCAUUUUAAGGAACAGCAUCUCCCAAGUGAAACGAAAAAAAAAUGCACAGUGGGUAUCGACUCAGUGGAGGAGAGUUCCUAUCAAGUAAAUACCCCUGAGGAGGAGAAAACGAGUGAGAUGAAGAAGCAAUGCUUUGAUGGAAACCCAGAAACUGAGAAGGGGAAGAGAAACGAAAUAAACAAAGCGCUAGACAAUAGCACCCACACAGACACAGACAUAAUGAACGAGUGGGAUGAAUGCUCAGCAGAAGAAAAUGCAAAAAAUUGUCAAAAUGGAAAUAAUAAAGUUUCAAUAAAAAAGGUUCAAAGCAGAAAGGAAUCGAAAGAGGCGAAAUAUGACGAUGACGAAACGGUAAGUGAAGCCUCCUUUGUGAAGGAAUCCAAUACGGAUAUGCCCCACGAAAGAAAUAAAAAGGACAUAUUCGAACUGAACAGUGAACAGCAGGAUGCACUACUGAUGUGUCUCUUCCUAGAAGUAGCUCAAUCACUUAGUGAUGACAACCUCCCGUUGGAAGUGUCCGGAGUGUACAGUAGGAUGACUAAGGAAUUUUUGUACAUUCACAGAAAUGAACACUUCCUGGGAGAGCUACAAAAACUGGGGAUCCCAACCGACAUGACAAACAAAAUAAGAGCAAAAGAAGUGAACCUAGAAUUGGAUGUUAAAAAAUCGACGUACAAAAAAAUUAGCAAAUUUAUUCAACAUUGCUCCAAGUUAAAGCUUAUUAAAAUAAAAGAAAACAGAAAUGUCAUAUCCGUUGUGAAUAUACGAAAGGGCAGCUCCAUUAUCUCGUCUUAUAAACCCAUGUCUUUGGAGGAAAAGAAACUGUGCCAGUUGGAGAGCGUUGAAAAUGAUGAGGGAGCUGCACAAAACGGAGCGGAAUGCAACCCAAAUAGUCUCCAUCAGGACAAAAGUGAAAAAAAUGAAACAACAAAUAAAGGUGCACAGGUACUCGAAUUCUACAUGCCAUCCUCCAAGGGGAUAAAUAUUUUCAAAUGUGUAGAUACCAAAUCGGAAAGGAGUUCCUAUUAUAACAUUAUGCAGUUAAAGGAUGUUCUAAAGGAGUAUGUACAGAAGCAGAAGUUGGUAAGCGGUAAGGAUCCACAUGUGGUAAAGCUAAACGAUGAUUUGAGAGCCAUUUUAAAUAUCCCAUGUGAGUCGUCUACCUUGCCGUAUGACUCUCUCCUGAACCAGUUCAUCUCGACCCAACUUCCCUGCUAUGCCAUAAUCAAGCCGAAUGCUAAUUUCGAUGUAGACCCAAUUAAAGUAACAAAGGGGAAGUGCCCAUCCAUUCACAUCUACGCAGUUGCCAGGAUGAAAGGGAAAAAAUAUGUUACCCACAUUACAAAUCUGUUUCUGUUCCAUGUGGACCUGAACAGAUUUACUGAACAUGUACAGAAACAGCUAGCUUGUUCUUGUUCCAUUGUCAUUUCAGCCUCCACCAAAAAGGAGGAAGUCCUCGUACAGGGCAAUGUUGUAAAUAUGAUUCACGACAUUUUGAUUAAAAAUUACAACCUCCCCAGGAAGUACAUUGCGCUGAAUACCAAGUAG